GAAACUGAAUUAGCUACAAUUAGGAAGCGUUCGGAAAAUUUAGAAGCUGAACUGCAUAAAGCAUUGGAACAAAACAGUGCUGAAUAUGCGCUAGCAGAAAGACAGCUACGAAAGGAGUACAUGUCGUUGACGCCGAAUAGCGAAACUCAGUAUUCCGCCGCACUGAACAUACCAAAUCAUGCAGUUCAGGCCGAAUUAGCCGAUGCACUAGCAAAGUAUGAGCAAUCGAUGCGCCAGAUCUCAACUCUUCAAGAGAAAAUUUCGUCGAUGGAAGCUGACAGUCGACACUUGGGUGCUGUUCGGAGCGAAUUGCAGGCAUUGAGGUUGCGUUAUGAAAAUUUGUUGGAAGCACACGGUGAAAAAAUUGAACGAAUUGAAGAGCUGGAGCUGGAUCUGGCUGAUGUAAAGAAAUUACUUAAGGAUCAGGUAGAAUUCUUCGUUGGAAAAAGUUGA